CAAAAGCGAACCUUUGCCAAACUUGUGAAAUUCGCACACUACACAUUUCUUUGAAUUCAUUACAUCGUCAAUUCUCUCCCCCUCUCCUAUAAAUUCCAUUGUCCUAAUCCCCAAAACUCUGUCAAUGGCGACGAAACCACUAAAUGUAAUGACGCAGCAGCAGCCAUUAAUCAGCAAACUCUACUGCUCACCUUACGAGACGAUUCUCCUCGUCCGCCGCCGCCCAAAGGUCGCCAACGGCGGCGGAUUCGCCGUCGCGGACGCCGGCCAGAGCCUAAUCUUCGCCGUCGACGGCUGCGGGAUUAUUGGCCGGAAAGACGAGCUCGUUCUCAGAGACGGAGAUGGAAAUGCUCUGCUGCUCAUCAGGCACACCGGAGGGAUUAUUGAAGCUUUAACUUUAUCGAGGAAAUGGAAAGGAUUCAGUUACGAAUCGUCCAAAUUGGUUUUCACGUUACGAGAGCCGAAUUCGUGCUGUUCUUCCAAAUCGCCGAUCAGAAUCUCCGCCGGAUCGAAGACUUUCGAGGUUAGAGGCGAUUUUUCGGAAGGUUCGUGCGCCAUUGUCGACGCCGCCGGGCAGUUAAUUGCUCAGAUUGGAGUGAAGAUAAGCGUGGAUUUGUAUCACUUGAGAAUAAUGCCUGGAAUCGAUCAAGCCUUCGUUGUUGGAGUGAUUGCUGUUCUCGAUUACGUCAACGGCGGAUCCACCAGGUGCUGAAGCUGAACUCGGUUCAUGGAUUUUUAUUUUUAUUAAUUUAUUUAAUUUAUGUAAAAAAUAAAAAUAAUUAAUUGGUUGGAUAAAUCUGAAGAUUGUAACUUGUUUUCAUUGUUCACGAAAUUGAAAUUAGAUUGAUUCUGUCA